AUGCCCAGCGCCACAAGACGUCGUCGAGUAAAUGACAGCGAGGACGAAACGGAAGCAGUCGCUCCACCAUCACAGCGUCGAUCUCAAGCCGCCUCGUCGUCCGCUGGUCCCAGCUCCUCUCGUAGUGCUGCUGCCCCUGCUGCCGCCGCCGCCGUUGAUCUCGACACCGAACUUAGACCUCAACCCUUAUCCCGCGAGCACGUGCCCAACGUCCGCAGUCUCGUUUCCGAACUCAGAUCCUCCGACGCCUCCAUACUCAGGUGCAUAGAGCUUCUCAACGAAACCGCAGAACAACUCGCCGAGGCAUUCCGCAACCAAGACUCUUGCACCGAGCUCGAACAAGCCGAUGUCGACCUUCGCGAGCUGAUCGAUGCCCAAGCGGAAAAGGCCAUCCGGCGAAAAGUCCUCGAAGAGAUCGCCCAAGACUUGCACACCGGUACCACCCUCUCCUCUCCCGCUGAUAGAUACAAACAGGACGUCGCAUCCAAUCUCGACGCUUACAACAAGCAAACAUCACGCAAGAAAUACGCAAAGAACGCAGCCUACGAAAACUUCAAAAACACCGUAUGGGUGGCGAAAGAGGAUGGUCCGAUGCCUUUGGUCAGCGACCUCAUUCCGAGAGAGGAUGGUGAUGAAGAAGAUAGCGAUGACGAGAUUCAGACCGGUGGAUUGGUGAUGAACUUCAGAUGUCCCUUGACGACGAAUAUCUUGGAGGAUCCGUUGACGAAUUCUCUGUGUACACAUUCCUAUUCCAAGAGCGCGAUAGAGGCGUACGUCGCAGCAGGGAACAACAAGUGUCCCGCGAGCAGUUGUACGGCGAACGUCUCGAGUAGGAGUCUCAAACAAGAUCCUGCGUUGGUCAAGAAGGUGGCGGCGUUCAAGAGGAGGGAGGAAGAGAGAUUGAUUGCCAGAAGACAGACUUCCACUGUUCUGUACUGA